GAAAUUGCAUGGGCAUUUGGAAACAUUGAAGGAAAAUGAUUUUUUAGGAUUCCUGGGAAGUAUUAAAAUGUGUGAUGAGAAAUUUAAUAAAAGUUUCUAUGAAGACUUCGAACAGAAUACAAAAUUAAAAGAAUAUUUAAAAAAUAUACGCGAAGCUCAUGAAAAAACAUUUAAAAAGGUCAACAUUAAGUUUGAUUUCAGUUUCGAUCUUUUUGAUAUGCUCACGCUGUUUAGCAAUGCUAUUGAUCAAAAUGUGGAUAUAGAAAAUGAUAACGACCCAAUAAACCGCUUUUUUACAAAUUUUGAAAAGGAGAAAUUCCUAGAUCGUGCUAUUUUACAAAAACGUAAAAUUCUAAAACACUUUAGUAAAAAAUCGCAUUCAAAAAAGAGCAAAAUUGGACCGGAAAUGGAUAUCAAAAACGAGGUAAAUCAUCAUAAAGAAGAUUAGAAGGGCGAGAAAAUUUGUGAGGUUUUGGAACUGAUGAGAAAAAUGCUAACAAACACAUUGAUGUUCUAAAGAUUUAUUUAACCACCUUAUUUACCGCUUCAAUGAAGCCUAAAACUGGGUCCCUUCACUCUGUAAGG